UCAGCUGAUCAGAUAGUGGACCAGGAGAGCUCAGAGGUUCCCAGUGGUCAGUCUGCCCAGCAGCAUCAAACACACCUGGACUCCAUAUUUAUGCUGCUGGAGAAGAACAUCGUCACUUUUGUGAAGAACGAGCUGAAGAAGAUCCAGAAGGUUCUGAGUCCAGAUUACCCAGAAUGCUUAGAGAGUCAGAGGGAGGAUGAGGAGGUGUUGGACGGUGAGGAUGAAGAAGAGGAACAGCAGAGAGGAGUUUCUGAAGAUCACAUGAACUUCCUGAGGAGAAUGAAGCAGGAGGAGCUGGCUGACUGUCUGCAGAGCAGACAUUUUGCUCCAAUUUGUCGACGUAAACUUAAAUCUAACCUGAAGGAGAAGUUCCAGUGUUUGUUUGAGGGGAUCUCUAAAGCAGGAAACCCAACCCUUCUGAAUCAGAUCUACACAGAGCUCUACAUCACAGAGGGAGGGACUGGAGAGGUCAAUGAUGAACAUGAGGUCAGACAGAUUGAAACAGCAUCCAGGAAACCAGACAGACCAGAAACAACCAUCAGACAAGAAGACAUCUUUAAAGCCUCACCUGGAAGAGAUGAACCAAUCAGAACAGUGAUGACAAAGGGAGUGGCUGGCAUUGGGAAAACAGUCUUAACACAGAAGUUCACUCUGGACUGGGCUGAAGACAAAGCCAACCAGGACAUACACUUCACAUUUCCAUUCACUUUCAGAGAGCUGAAUGUGCUGAAAGAGAGAAAGUUGAGCUUGGUGGAACUUGUUCAUCACUUCUUUACUGAAACCAAAGAAGCAGGAAUCUGCAGGUUUGAAGAGUUCCAGGUUGUGUUCAUCUUUGACGGUCUGGAUGAGUGUCGACUUCCUCUGGACUUCCACAACACUGAGAUCCUGACUGAUGUUACAGAGUCCACCUCAGUGGACGUGCUGCUGACAAACCUCAUCAGGGGGAAACUGCUUCCCUCUGCUCGCCUCUGGAUAACCACACGACCUGCAGCAGCCAAUCAUCCUCCUGAGUGUGUUGACAUGUUGACAGAGGUCAGAGGGUUCACUGACCCACAGAAGGAGGAGUACUUCAGGAAGAGGUUCAGAGAUGAGGAUCAGGCCAGCAGGAUCAUCUCCCACAUCAAGACCUCACGAAGCCUCCACAUCAUGUGCCACAUCCCAGUCUUCUGCUGGAUCACUGCUACAGUUCUGGAGGAUGUGUUGAAAACCAGAGAGGGAGGAGAGCUUCCCAAGACCCUGACUGAGAUGUACAUCCACUUCCUGGUGGUUCAGACCAAACUGAAGACCAUCAAGUAUGAUGGAGGAUCUGGGACAGAUCCACACUGGAUUCCAAAGAGCAGGAAGAUGAUUGAGUCUCUGGGAAAACUGGCUUUUGAGCAGCUGCAGAAAGGAAACCUGAUCUUCUAUGAAUCAGACCUGACAGAGUGUGGCAUCGAUAUCACAGCAGCCUCAGUGUACUCAGGAGUGUUCACACAGAUCUUUAAAGAGGAGAGAGGACUGUACCAGGACAAGGUGUUCUGCUUCGUCCAUCUGAGUGUUCAGGAGUUUCUGGCUGCUCUUCAUGUCCAUCUGACCUUCAUCAACUCUGGAGUCAAUCUGCUGUCAGACGAACAAUCAACCUCCCUGAGGUCUAAACUGUUUGGAGACAAAUCAACACUUCUCUACCAGAGUGCUGUGGACAAGGCCUUACGGAGUCCAAAUGGACACCUGGACUUGUUCCUCCGCUUCCUCCUGGGUCUUUCGCUGAAGACCAAUCAGAUUCUCCUACGAGGUCUGCUGACACAGACAGGAAGUGGCUCACGGACCAGUCGGGAAACAGUCCAGUACAUCAAGAAGAAGAUUGAAGAGACUCCCUCUGCAGAGAAAAGCAUCAACCUGUUCCACUGUCUGAAUGAACUGAAUGAUCGUUCUCUGGUAGAGGAGAUCCAACAGUCCCUAAGAUCAGGACGUCUCUCCACAGAUAAACUGUCUCCUGCUCAAUGGUCAGCUCUGAUCUUCAUCUUACUGUCAUCAGAAAAAGAUCUGGACGUGUUUGACCUGAAGAAAUACUCUGCUUCAGAGGAGGCUCUUCUGAGGCUGCUGCCAGUGGUCAAAGCCUCUAACAAAGCUCUACUGAGUGACUGUAACCUCUCAGAGAGAAGCUGUGAAGCUCUGUCCUCACUUCUUAGCUCCCAGUCCUCUAGUCUGAGAGAUCUGGACCUGAGUAACAACAACCUGCAGGAUUCAGGAGUGAAGAUGUUGUCUGUUGGACUGGAGAGUCCACACUGUUCACUGGAGACUCUCAGACUGAGCGGCUGUAACCUCUCAGAGAGAAGCUGUGAAGCUCUGUCCUCAGUUCUCAGCUCCCAGUCCUCUAGUCUGAGAGAUCUGGACCUGAGUAACAACAACCUGCAGGAUUCAGGAGUGAAGAUGUUGUCUGUUGGACUGGAGAGUCCACAUUGUUCACUGGAGACUCUCAGGUUGAAUCAAACCAGUCUGACAGAGAAAAGCUGUCAGGAGAUAUCAUCAGUUCUCAGCUCCCAGUCCUCUAGUCUGAGAGAUCUGGACCUGAGUAACAACAACCUGCAGGAUUCAGGAGUGAAGAUGUUGUCUGUUGGACUGGAGAGUUCCCAAUAUCAGCUGAUCAGGGUGGAGCCUGGUGGAGUCCGAUGGUUGACACCAGGUCUGAAGAAGUAUUCCUGUCAACUCACAAUCGACACAAACACAGUGAACAGAGAACUCAAACUGUCUGACAACAACAGGAAGGUGACACAUGUGAGAGAGGAUCAGUCAUAUCCUGAUCAUCCAGACAGAUUUGAUAAGUGGCCUCAGCUGCUGUGUAGAACUGGUCUGACUGGUCGCUGUUACUGGGAGGUCGAGUGGAGAGGAGAGGUUGAUAUAUCAGUGAGUUAUGGAGGAAUUGGAAGGAAAGGAGACAGAGACUGUUUGUUUGGAGGGAAUGAUCAGUCCUGGAGACUGUUCUGUUCUGAUGAUGUUGGUUACUAUGUCUGUCACAAUAAGACAGGUACAUCCAUUUCCUCCUCCUUCUCCUCCUCCUCCUCCUCUGUCUCUAACAGAGUAGCAGUGUAUGUGGACUGUCCUGCUGGCUCUCUGUCCUUCUACAGAGUCUCCUCUGACUCUCUGAUCCACCUCCACACCUUCAACACCACCUUCACUCAACCUCUGUAUCCUGGGUUUGGGUUCUGGUCCAUUGGUUCCUCAGUGUCUCUGUGUUGAGUGUAGCAGAGAGAGUCUCCUCCUGUUAGAGAUCAGUCCAGUCCAGGAUCACAGCAGCUGAUGUUAUUUAGUACCAACCUGAUCUCUGGCUGGUUUUAACUGCAGAGUGUAAACCCAACAUGUUUUCCACAUGAUUGACAGUUUGACUGUAAAAUGAAUCAAAUGAACAGAGUCCAGUUGUUGUUGUUUUCUGACAGUAAAUGACUGGGAGGUUGAAAUCUCUUUCACUUGACGUCCAUCUUGUUUUUCAUCUUUAAAUGAUAGUGUGACGUCCUUAUGUGCUCCAUAUCUGGACUCUACUGUAAAUACAAAGAUACACACUGGUUUGUCGAGUGCAAACAAUACAUGGACCCAGGAAUAAAAACUACACAGAGCAGCUUUAGUUGUGCCAUAAAAGCUACUGUGAUUCAGAUGGAGCUGUUGAGAAAAUGAAAGUGAAGAAAAGAACAAACCCGGAGGAAAACUUUCCCAGUUCCACACUCACCUGUCCUGUUGUCCUGCCUCUGGAGAGCUGGGAUUGGACGGCAGCUCUGACUUCACCUCCAGUGUCGGCUGGCAGCUGUCGAAGCUCCUCUGCUCACUGAGGAGACUAAUGGAUUCACAGAAUAAAGAGAAACGUGUUCAACAAUGUCAAGAAGGGUUGAGAUCUCAGAACCUCUGUUACCUACACCAACAGACUGAGAUCAAAAUCUCCAUGUAAAACAUUAACACAGAGUUAUAAUUUAUGAUUUUGCUGUGAUAAUUUAUACUACAUACACUUUUUAAGAGUAAAAAAGAGAAAUCUGAUCAUAAGGUUCUUUGUUGAGUUUUCCAGGAAAGAGGAAGGACUCUCUCCAAAAGGCUUUGUAGUGAGCCAACCAGCCUCAGCUCUUUACCAUGUUUGUAACUUCAAUAAAUAUUCAAAGUUAAAGUUG